UGUGUUAUGUGGGCCCAAAAAUGUGGUCGUGGAGAGGGACUGCGACAUCUUUUGGUGUGUUCCUUUUACAGAUGGGCUGGGGGGAUUUGGGAGCUUUUGGAGAGCCUUCCAAGGAAACCCCUAACCUAGACCAGAUGGCUGCAGAUGGGAUGCUUUUCCUGGAUUUUUAUACUGCCAGCCCCCUCUGCUCUCCCUCGAGGGCAGCGCUGCUGACGGGCCGGCUCCCAGUCAGGAAUGGCUUUUACACCACAAAUGGACACGCCAGGAACGCAUACACACCACAGGAUAUAGUAGGAGGGAUCCCAGAUUCUGAGUUACUGCUUCCAGAGCUCCUGAAGAAGGCUGGUUACACCAAUAAGAUCAUUGGCAAAUGGCACUUGGGGCACCGGCCCCAGUUCCACCCCCUGAAGCACGGCUUUGAUGAGUGGUUUGGGUCCCCAAACUGCCACUUUGGGCCCUACAACAGCACAGAGCGCCCCAACAUCCCCGUCUACAGGGACUGGGAGAUGGUUGGCAGAUACUAUGAAGACUUCAAAAUUGAUCUGAAGACAGGUGAAGCCAACUUGACUCAGCUCUACCUGCAGGAAGCUCUGGAUUUUAUUAGCAAGCAGCAGGCCAGCCAGCAGCCAUUCUUUUUAUACUGGGCAAUUGAUGCUACCCACGCUCCUGUUUAUGCCUCCAAACAGUUCCUGGGCACGAGUCAGAGAGGGCUGUAUGGGGAUGCUGUGCGGGAGAUCGAUGACAGCAUUGGGAAAAUCCUGAAGCACCUCCAGCAGCUGGGCAUCAGUGAGAGCACCUUUGUGUUUUUCACCUCUGAUAACGGGGCUGCUCUCAUUUCAGCUCCCAAACAAGGAGGAAGCAAUGGGCCUUUCCUGUGUGGCAAACAAACCACCUUUGAGGGUGGCAUGAGGGAGCCAGCCAUCGCCUGGUGGCCCGGCCACAUCCCUGCAGGAGGGGUCAGCCAUCAGCUGGGCAGUGUGAUGGAUCUGUUCAGCACCAGCCUCUCCCUGGCGGGUCUGCAGCCUCCCAGUGACAGACAGAUUGAUGGCAUCGACCUUUUACCUGUCAUCCUGCAGGGCAAGCUAAUUGACAGGCCCAUUUUCUAUUAUCGUGGCAACGAGCUGAUGGCAGUGAGAGUUGGGCUUUACAAAGCUCACUACUGGACCUGGAGCAACUCCUGGGAGGAGCACAGCAAGGGCAUCGAUUUCUGUCCUGGCCAGAGCGUGGCUGGAGUGACCACCCACACCCAGGAGGAGCACACCUACCUGCCCCUGCUCUUCCACCUGGGCAGGGACCCUGGUGAGAAGUACCCCUUAAGCUUUGCCAGUGAGGAGUACCAGCGGGCUGUGGAGCACAUCUCGGGGCUGGUCCAGCAGCACAAGGCCACCCUGGUGCCAGGCCAGCCCCAGCUGAACGUGUGUGACCAGGCUGUCAUGAAUUGGUCCCCUCCGGGCUGCGAGAAGCUUGGGAAGUGCCUGAAAGCACCAGAAUCUGAUCCUAAGAAAUGCUCCUGGCCUCACUGAUGGCUGCAGCCCUGCAGAGCUCCCCAGAGGCAGCUGGACAUCCCCUUUCCAGUGCCUGCUCCUGUUGGCACUCUGUUUACACGGGAAGGGUGUGAUGUGUGCAUGAUAUCAUCACUUGCUCUUCCAAAUGGGCCAGUGUUUAUAAUCCUCGUGCUCAGGGUUUAGCCUCUACUCCUCUCUUCCCCCAGUUCUUUCCCUAAAUGGUAACUCCAGGGAGGAUUGGGUCAGCUGUGAGAGCUCUCUGGACAGCCAGGACUCUGCCAUCAGCUCCAAAAUGCCGUGGAUCACUGCUGCUCCUUCCACCCAGCCUUGCUCCCUGGGGUGCCCCAACAGGAGCCACGGGACAGGUCAGGAAACUCGGAGCUGCCAGAGAGCCCUGCCCAAACCACCCAUGUUUUGUUUGCCUGUAGCUUGUUGUUUUAACAUUUGAUUUCCAUUGUGA